AUGAAAGAGUUAGACUUGAGAAAUUUCGACCUAGUGGUGCUCUUUUUUAUUUUUUAUUUUUUGUUCACUUCCAGAGACGCGGACGACCAUUUCGAUGACCAAUGUCCUCAUUCGCUGUUUGGUCGUCAUCGAUCGGCAGCCGAAGUGUUGUUGCAAGUUCUCGUCAAAGAGGCCACACAGUGCGUCGAAUGCAACCUACUACUCCAAGCUGUGUACAAUUUCAAGCCUGGUUGGAUCAAUGCCGACAAGGACGGCAAAUGGGUGCGUGUCGAGAAAUGGAGCACUUACACUGUUAAACUCUUUUCAAAGAGGAUCUCAAUUGGCUCAUUUCAGAUGCUUCACCGAUCAAAGGAUGCACCCUUUUAUGAACCAGAGAAACCAGAGGAUCCAAAGCCCGGGUCUACCGAUAUCCUGCGAAGACCUCGGGCUCAAGCCAUGAAAAUUCUCUCAGAUUCAUCUUCCAAGGCUGCUCUUAACCGCGCCUCUCAAUGGCUCUCUCACUGCCUUGAGCACGAUGAGGCGUGUGAGGUACCGAACACAGAGUUUAUGCCCAAGCUGCUUAUAGAUGUCGGUUCUGAAGAUGAUGCUAUAAAUCCAUUUCUCUAUAAACCCACUGAAGUGACACCAUACGCAUGCCUAAGCUACUGCGGGGGACCCGAUACCGAAGAUGUUUUGCGGACAACUGCGGAGAAUUUGGAAGCGCACUAUGAGUCAAUUCCAUGGUCCAAGGUACCUCUUGGUAUAAGAGACGCCGUAAUAGUCUGCCGCGGCCUCAAAAUCCGCAGCUUAUGGGUGGACUCUUUGUGUAUCAUCCACGACGAUUCCGUUGAUUGCUGCGGUGACGCAGCGGAACUGAACCGCAUAUAUCUACAUUCUCGGCUUUCAAUUGCAGCUCUUGAACCAGCAAAAUGCAAGUCACGACUUCUGGGACCCCAGAAGUUCGCGCACCCUGCCUGGCAGAGUUGUUUUACCGCUGGCAUCCCACUCAACCCGAAGGAGCCACCUCUUGAAGUUUUUGUGAGACCACGCCUUGAAGAAAACGCUGAGUACAAGGAAGACUUGUCAAGAAGCUCCCUCGAUAAGCGAGGAUGGUCUCUUCAGGAAAGUCUAAUACCAACCCGUCGGUUGUGCUUCAACGGCAACGAGAUGAUUUGGCAGUGUCUGUGUCGAACAAUAUGUGAGUGCGGUCACAUCUUGUGGAAGCCUCAAUCUUCUGGGUUUGGGCGCUUAGGAACACAUCUCAAGUUGAAGCGUUUGAAAGCAGAUGUAGUGCUCUCUCGUCCGCAGCCAGCAUGGCAUACUUUUCAUAAGUACGACAGAUAUGACUAUGUCCGAAGCUGCCCAGGGUAUCCCCAAAACCCAUAUAAAAGAUGGAGAGACAUUGUGGUGGAGUACACAAAACGCGACCUUAUUCUCCGAAAAGAUAAGUUGAAUGCUGUCUCUGGGUUGGCUAUGUUGGCUCGUGAAGGUCUUCCAGAUGAUCCGCUAAGUCAAGGGGAUGGGCACCCUGAAGAUUGGUCAUGGGCAUCUGUUAACGCGCCUGUGACUUACAAAUUCGACGAGCCGGUAGACAUUUGGAAGCACACCCCUCAUCUCAUAGAAUGCGUCAAGGUGGAAAGUGUUACAUGUCUGAGGGAAGUUGCAAACGACGAAACGAGCAGCGUUGUGAGUGGCGAGGCCAUCUUGACAGGUCUUGUAUCUCGUGUGAAGCUGGCUGUAAUGCUUGACUCAGGUGGAAUGGCCAGAGCAUAUGUGAGAUCUGCAAAUUUACGCUCCUAUAAGGUGAAACUGGACCGACCAAGAAGCUUGACAAUUUUCUCUAGAGAGCGGCAGAGGGAUUGCUGGAUGAAAGGUGCAUGCCAGCACGGAGAUGACUGCUGUAAAUGGACGAUGGAGGAACAUGAUGAGAAGCUUAUUUGCCUUGUGCUGUUUACGUGGACUGCACCCUUUUUGCUGCUGAAGCCGUCUACUUCGGUUGACGGUGCAUUUGAGAGGAUAGGUAUCGGACAUCAUGCUUACUGGGAGAGCGAAAAAUGUCAGCUCUUUGAGGAUGAAGAGUUUGCUACAGUGAAAAUAGUUUAG